UCAUUUGCUUAAGCAAAUUGCUUUUAAUUUUAAUUUUUUUCAGUUUUCUCUUCAAUGGAGUCUAGUGAAGCUUCUUCGAUCUUGGGUACAUUCAAGUCAAAGAAGAAACUUCAAAUCGGAUCCGACUCGGUUGUCUCCGGGGCUCCAUCUCUUGAUCCAUGGAGCUCGAAAACCCCUGAGAAGCCCAUCAUUCCUCCUCGCCGGACUCGGAAUCGGAGUGCCGCGCUUUCUUUAAAAGAAGUCCGAGAGGCCGCCCAGAAGCUCCGGAAACGCGACCCGACCCACCCGAUUACACAGGCUGAUGCCUCAUUGAGCUCGGGGAAGUCCCCGGCAGUUAAAGCAAAGAAGGCUGUAGACCCAGUAAAGCUACCAGAAAAGUAUGAGUUGUUGGAAGAAUUCUUCAGAAGCUUGAAUAGUUCGAUUCGGUUGCUGCGAUUGAAGGGUUCUUCAACGACAUUUACAAAUAUUAGUACCAAAGUGGAGUGUCUAACAGAUAGGAGGUUUACUUACAAUCACUUAGCACAGCUGAAGUUUCUUUUACCUGAGGCUAUUGAGAUCAAGAAGAUCCUUGUGCAUGACGAACGCACAUACUGUAUGAAGCCUGAUCUUCAUAUUACAUUAAAUGCUAAUGCAGUUAAAGUUGAUGAAAAGCUGAAAUCCACUAGUGACACUGUACAACUGGAGAAAGUCUUCCGCGCUCGGCUUUUGGAUUUCUUUAAAUCCCAUCCUGAGGGAGAUGACAUUCCUGAGGAAUCAUUACCGGGAGCAUUCGGUGAGUCAAAACAAGAGCUCUUAACAAACUCAUCAACACCACCUGCAGUCGCACAGUUAAUGGGAGAGACACCGAUUGCUUCAAUGCAGAAGCAGGCAGCAGCUGCAUCGCACCUGUCUCAAUCUCUCAGGAAAUCGUUUUCUCAUCGAGCAUCUAUUGCUAAAGCAGAAGAUACCGAGCAACUUCAAACAGUUCCUCGUUCUUCACUUCGUCCAGUCUCAGAACCCCAGAUUGCCAAAUAUUCCGCUGAGAGCCACACCUCUACAUCUGCUGAUAAAACUCCUUCCAAAUUGCUUUCGACACAAACUAGCAGAGCAAAAUUCUCGGCACGAGGGGUUCUUUCUUCCGGUACUUUACCACCAUCUCCUUUAGCCACAACUCCAUUAAAAAACAUGAAGGGUGGAGAUGGUUCGUCUUUAUUAAGUGCUGAAGAAACUCCAGCAAAACAUUCAUCUACACCAGCAAAAUUGAUGACUUCUACACCUGUGCUCCAACCUACCAAGAGAUGUUAUAUGAGUCCGGAUGGAGAGUUAACUGAAUCACCACAAAAGCUAGUUAGGCGCCCUCCUCGUAUUAGGUCAUUGACCUUUGAUACUCCUGUGAAGAGUUCAAAAGUAACUGAAGUCAUCGAUAGUAGAGAAUCGUCAACAGAUGAUGAAAUCUUUGACAUUCUUCCUGAGAAUCUUCUGCAAUCGAUCAGAGAAAAGGAGCUAAAUGCAUUAGAGGAGCAAGAUCCAGCUAUAUCCCAAGCGAAAUGGCACAAGAAAAUGAUUUCGAGCUUACCGAAGUUCUUCGACAUGAUUUACUUCCUGUUUCAAUCAAUUAAACGUUCUGUGAUUACUAAAGAGGAGAUUAUGCACAAAGUACUUUCAAGCCAUUUAGAGAUUGCUGAUAGGAGAGAAGUUGAAGAGCAACUCCGGUUAUUGCAAGAAAUUGCUCCUGAAUGGAUCCAUGAAAAGCUGGCAAUUAGUGGGGAUCUUCUCUUAUGCGUUAGCAAGGUAUCAAAUGCCGAAUCAAUACGCACAAGAAUAGCUGAAGCAAAGUGAGAAGCGAGGGCAAGGGAAAUUAAAUUAGACCUGAGUUUUCCAACUUGAGUUGUAAAUAUGAUAGUUAUAACUAGAUUGUUGCACUACAUUGACCAGACUCUGCACCAUUUGGCCGCAAAGUUGCUAUUCAGUACAGAUUAUUUAACUGGCUUAACCAGCAAUAUAGAGCUAAAGUGACUUGAUAGUUAGUGAAGACAUUGUCUCAUUUUCUUAUUUUGUACCCUUAUCCUGUAUAUAGCAAUGAUGCUUCUCUUUUGUAAUGAGAAUUUUGGUAAUAAUACUUACUUCUUUCUGGCGUUC